GUUAAGUCGCCAUGGAGGGAAGGCGCGGGGGCGCAGCUGGACACCGCAAGGACUUCACGUUUGUCAGUCCAGUUGUAAAAUACCUGCUGUUCUUCUUUAAUUUUAUUUUCUGGAUCAUCUCUCUGGUGAUGGUGGUGAUUGGAGUGUACGCCCGCACCGUAAAGCAUGCAGAGAAAGUUCUGGCGUGCCUGUCAGUGGAUCCUGCCAUGAUGCUCAUGAUUGUAGGAGUCCUCAUGUUCAUUAUCACCUUCUGUGGCUGUGUGGGCUCCCUACGAGAAAACACCUGCCUCCUGCAGACAUUCUGCAUCAGUCUGACGGUCAUUUUUCUGCUGCAGCUGGCAGCCGGUGUCCUGGGCUUCAUCUUUUCAGAUAAGGCAAGGCAUAAAGUAACGGAAAUAAUCGAAAAUGCCAUCGUCCACUACAGAGACGACAUUGAUCUGCAGAACCUUAUUGACUUUGGCCAGGAGGAGUUUGGGUGUUGUGGCGGGACGGCCUACACCGACUGGUCUGAGAACAUGUACUUCAACUGCAGCGAGGACAACCCGAGCCGUGAACGCUGCUCUGUCCCUUUCUCCUGCUGCAUCAUGUCCAAAAACCAGGUGAUCAACACCAUGUGUGGUCAGGACAAGCAGAAGUUAGAGUACAAUGAUGCUAAAGAGCACAUCCACACUGAUGGCUGCAUCGACAAACUGGUUGACUGGAUCCACAGCAACCUGUUCAUCCUGGGAGGCAUCGCACUGGGACUAGCAAUACCACAGCUGGUUGGCAUCCUGUUGUCUCAGAUUCUAAUAAAUCAGAUCAAAGAUCAAAUCGAGCUGCAAAACUACAACUCCAAGCAUCGCUUUGACCCCUGGAGCUGAUCCAGGACCAGAUUCUGAUGACUGGCUGCAGCAGAGCUCAGUGUACCGUAUUUUUCACACUAUGAGG